CCGACUUUUCUGGAGCUUUACUCAUUGUUCCUGAAACCAUGUCCACCAACGAGAAUGCUAAUUCACCAGCUGCCCAGCUUAACAGAUUCAAGAACAAGGGCAGAGACAGCUCAGAAAUGCGCCGCCGCCGAAUAGAAGUUAAUGUGGAACUUAGGAAAGCUAAAAAAGAUGACCAGAUGCUGAAAAGGAGAACCGUCAGCUCAUUUCCUGAUGAUGCUACUUCUCCACUACACGAAAACCGAAACAAUCAGGGUACUGUAAAUUGGUCUGUUGAGGACAUUGUUAAAGGCAUAAACAGUAACAAUCUGGAAAGCCAGCUCCAAGCUACUCAAGCUGCUCGGAAACUGCUUUCUAGAGAGAAACAGCCUCCUAUAGACAAUAUCAUCUGGGCUGGUUUGAUCCCAAAAUUUGUGUCCUUCUUGGGCAAAACUGAUUGUAGUCCCAUUCAGUUUGAAUCUGCUUGGGCACUCACCAACAUUGCUUCUGGAACAUCUGAACAGACCAAAGCUGUGGUGGAUGGAGGUGCUAUCCUAGCAUUUAUUUCUCUCUUGGCAUCUCCCCACGCUCACAUCAGCAGCGAGCAAGCUGUAUGGGCUCUUGGAAACAUUGCAGGUGAUGGGUCAGUCUUCCGAGACUUAGUUAUCAAGCAUGGUGCAAUUGACCCACUGUUGGCACUUCUUGCAGUUCCUGAUCUGUCAUCCUUGACAUGUGGUUACUUACGCAGUCUUACCUGGACGCUUUCAAACAAGCGUCGGAACAAGAACCCUGCACCCCCAUUAGACGCCGUUGAGCAGAUUCUUCCUACUUUAGUGAGACUCCUGCACCACAGUGAUCCAGAAGUAUUAGCAGACUCCUGCUGGGCUAUUUCCUACCUGACUGAUGGUCCAAAUGAGCGCAUUGAGAUGGUUGUGAAGAAAGGAGUGGUUCCUCAACUUGUGAAGCUUCUAGGAGCCACUGAGUUGCCCAUUGUGACUCCCGCACUAAGAGUGAUUGUUGUCUCCUGA